AUGGCGGAGCUUUUAAAUGCUCAACCGGGCAACUAUACCCGUCCACCAAACCCUCCGGCUAUCGUCGACGAACCCUUCAAUGCAACUGUCAAAACCAUUCGAAUCCUUGAUGGGUACGGUCUUCGUAAUGUGGCAUACUAUGUCACUCCUGACAACAAUGCUGUAGUGGAAGGCGAUAUUGUCUAUGGCACGCUUUCAGAACUCCUUGCUGCGGCUGCAGCUGCCAACAAUGAUACUCAAAUCAGCAAGAGAGCUCACUCCAUUUUUGCUACUACUGGGACAGAGCGGCCAUGGCCAGGUGCUCGCCUCCCUUACAAAUAUGUUGACGAUGCUGCCAAGACUGCUUUGGAUGCUAUUGUCACGGCGGCAACUAGGAGGUGGACGAGCGUCAUUUCUGGCCUCCAGUUUGUGGAGGAUCCUAGUGCCACUGGAGCUUUCAUUGAAAUCAGCAAUACAGUCGAUGGUGGGUGUAAUUGCAAUAUUGGAUGGGUAAACAACCGCAAGAGUAGUAUGAAUCUUGAGCCUGGUUGUAAUACGGAUAAUGCGGCUCAUGAGUUUGGUCAUGCUUUAGGGUUGUGGCAUGAACACCAACGCAAGGAUCGUGACAGUUUUCUCCAUAUUUUUCCUGAGAACAUUAAUGGUGGACUGGAUAAAGAUGGUAAACCCUGUCCCGUACGAACGUCUGGAUUUGUAAUCACAAAGGACAGUUGUUGUAGCCGAGAAUGCAACUUUGUCAAAAAAGAUGAUCAAGACUCUUCCGGAGCAUAUGAUUUUAGUUCUUUGAUGCAUUAUUUCGAAAAUGCUUUUGGCCGAGUAGAUGCCUCUGGCACAACCUUGACUACUCUGAGUCCGAUAGAUUCCAAAAACAGUAUUCGUAGAGGUCCCAAUCCAAGCCCGCUGGACUAUAGACGCAUAUGUGAUUUAUACAGUCUUUCUUGUGUUAUUUGCGGUGAUGGCAUACGCCAAGGCAGUGAAGAGUGUGAUGAUGGCAACUUGGAUCCUGGCGAUGGUUGUGAUCGAGAGUGUCGCUCGGAAGUCUGUGGCAAUUUUCGUGUUGAUUUUGGUGAAGAGUGUGAUGAUGGACCCAGCGGUUCAAAAUUUUGUGACGCAAACUGCAAGUUACGUUGUGGUAAUGGGAUUGUAGACUCUCCUGACGAAGAAUGUGAUGAUGGACCUUUUGGAUCCGAUACAUGUGAUAGUUUCUGCAAGUUCAAAUGUGGAAACGGCAUCGUUGACUCUCCGAUUGAAGAAUGUGAUGACGGAAAUAAACGCAAUGGCGACGGAUGCAGCUCCACCUGCAAGCGCGAACCUCUGUGUGUUCAGUGUAACCCCAACCCUCCUUUAAACAAAUGCGAUGUAACUACUAGUUGCUUUGUAACACCUGAUCAAGGUGCCAUGUGCGUCUGCCGUCCUGGGUUCAAGGCGGAUGCUGAUAAUGACCAAAAGGCUAUCCAUUGGCGUCUAAAGCUGCCUGCAG